GGACUUGUGCUCAGCGAGCGUGAACCUCAUGCGAAGAUAUUGAGAAUUCUCCGGACAUUCGAACGCAAACGAGAAGAGGAAUGGCCACGCUGUGUCGUCUGAAGCUGGGCUCAUGGAUGGGUCAAGCCUGUCGUCUUCACACCAGCAGCAGCGUCUCUGCCAAGCUGCACUACAAGAUGCUGGUGCUGGGAGGAGGAAGUGGAGGGAUCGCCAUGAGUGCACGCAUGAAGAGGAUGCUGGGAGCUGAGAAUGUGGCUGUUGUGGAGCCUAGUGAGAUGCACUAUUAUCAGCCAAUUUGGACUCUAGUUGGCGCUGGUGCGAAAUCUGUCAACUCCUCAGGACGACUCACAGAAAGUGUCAUGCCAUCAGGAGUGAAGUUAGUGAAAUCCAAAGUCCAGGAAAUAAAUCCUGAAAAGAAUGUGGUCCGCACAGACGACGGGGCAGAGAUAUCCUAUGAGUACUUGAUCGUAGCUCUUGGCCUGCAGCUGCAUUUUGAGAAGAUCAAAGGGCUACCAGAGGGAUUCGAUCACCCAAAGAUCGGGUCAAACUACUCUGUCCAAACAGUGGGGAAGACAUGGAAGGCACUGCAGGAAUUCAAAGAAGGAAACGCUUUGUUCACAUUCCCAAACACACCGAUAAAAUGUCCUGGGGCUCCUCAGAAAAUAAUGUAUCUCACUGAUGCCUAUCUCAGAAAGACAGGGAAAAGGUCGAAGGCCAACAUCAAAUACUUCUCAUCGCUGCCUGUGAUUUUCUCAGUCAAGAAAUAUGCUGACUCAUUGUGGGAAAUCGUGAAAAAACGUGACUUGGAGGUGAACUUGCGUCACGACUUGAUAGAAGUGCGAGCGGACAAGCAGGAAGCUGUGUUUACAAAUCUGGACAAACCAGGUGAAACCAAAGUGGUGGAGUACGAGAUGCUCCACGUCACGCCGCCCAUGGGGCCGAACUCAGCUGUGAAGAACAGCCUGCUGGCGGAUGAGGUCGGGUGGCUGGAUGUCAACAAGGAAACACUUCAGCAUAAGAAAUAUCCAAACGUCUUUGGCAUCGGCGACUGCACCAACCUGCCCACACCAAAAACAGCUGCAGCUGUCGCUGCACAGUCUGCUGUCCUGCAGAGAACCAUUAAACAAGUCCUGAAGAAGGAGAAGCCUGACCAGAAGUAUGACGGCUACACGUCCUGCCCGCUGGUGACAAGCUACAACACAGUGAUUAUGGCCGAGUUUGACUACAGUUUUCAACCUCUGGAGACGUUCCCCAUCGACCAGGGGAAGGAGAGAAGACUGAUGUACCACAUGAAGGCCGAUGUGAUGCCUCACCUCUACUGGCACGGCCUCCUCAGGGGUCUGUGGGGAGGACCAGGUCCUUACAGAAAACUGAUGCAUCUCGGAAUGAAAUGAAACGUUUCAGUCAGUUUCUUUGGGAUUUGUAGUGCACGACGAAGUUGUGAGUGGGUGAAAAAUUGGAAGCUUCUGGAAAGUUAACCAGAGACACCUCAAUUAUGAGAUCAUAUUGCUUGCUUUGUAUCAAAUUCAGAUACUAGUUGGUGCUUGUAAAACAUGGCGUUAAUAUCGUCACCAGUUGUAGGCGUAUCAUUGCGUAGGAAUCAGUAACCUACAGCUUGCAAGCAAGAUGAAUCUGCCUCUUGAAUAAAUCUUAGCUGGCAUUUUGCAGAAUAAUGAAUGCAUACUUUUGCUGAGAUUUAAGUGAAAAAAUGAAAAACAAAAUACAGAAAUCACAAAAAACAUGCAAAUAAACAAAAUAAAUCUACAUUUCAUCAAUACAUUUUCAACCACAGCUGCACUGAAAAGUGUGAAUCAUAUUUCACUACAUGUUGACAAAAAAUAGCUGAAGACUCAGGUGUAGGAGGUGAAAUCCCAGUGUAAAUGGGCCGUAUGCUGCAAAUUGCUGGGGAAACCCUGAUUACAUUUUAAAAUAUGUGAGUUUUUUUGGGGGGUGCUCUGUCAGUCAAAAAUGUUCCUGGCCCCAGUUUGAAUGUGAACAAAGUUGUGCAAUGAAUGAUUCUUUUCUAACUGACUGUGAUUAUUAUUUUUUUUUUUUUUUGUGACUUGAAAAUGUAUGCUCUCCGUCCAAUUUGCAAAUUCCUUCAUGCUGCAACCAUGAUUAACAUUUAUAAAACUGACUUACCUUGAAUGAAAAGCUGAAUUGUUUGCUAAGAGUAACACAGUGCAUGUGAAAUAAACUGGUUUUGUAUCA